UGAUUUAAAACUGUGUUUGCUCAUAAUCUAGGGAUAUAUUUAUACAAUGUAACAAGUUUGUGAAGUGAAAGGAGGUGAUUAUCUUAUACUGUAUGUUUGAGGUGGAUGUUGUAAUUUUCACUAUCAAAUUUGGACAAAAUAUAAACCUAGGUUCUGUCAUUUGGCUGACUGAAGUUGUCUCCCUUCUGUGACCUGCAGAGUUGUUUUUCUUUUGGGAUCUUCCUAGAGUUGUCCCCCUUUAUUGGGAGUCUGGCAGCAAAUAUCUAUUGACUUUAAAUAAAGAAAUUGAAGAGACAGGAAAGAUAAAUAUUUGAAAUCCAGGAUUUUUAUUUGUAAAAGAACUUUUGAUUGGAAAUUAAAUUGGAAAACAAACAAAAAAUUUUGAUAAAAGUAUAUCUUUAGAAAUUCGCCAUGGAAACAAAUGGUGGUAAUGAAAACGGAGCUCCUUCCAAUCAUCUACAGCUUUAUGUAAAGGCCGGCGAGAAUGGGCGUAACUACGGGGCAUGUCCGUUCUGUCAGAUGGUUUACAUGAUUAUGGACUUGAAGGCACGUGAAGGGGAAUUGACAUACGACGUUGUCACUAUAAGUAUGUCAAGACCGCCCCUCGAGUUCAAAAAGCUCGCGAAUAGAUUACCAGUUUUGAAACACGGUGAUGAAAUCCUCUCUGACAAUGAUGAAAUCGUUCAGUACCUAGACAAGAAUUUCCCGCACCCUGACCUGAGAUACGGUAAUGAGGAAGCAAAUGCCGUCUGCUUGAACUUUUUUUCCAAAUUUUCAUUCUAUAUCAAGCAGGUGAAAAAUAGUCCCGAGGGCUUACUUAAGGAGCUUGCUGCGAUUAAUGCCUUUCUUGAUAAAUCUGGUACUCAGUACCUAUGUGGGGAUACAAUUUCAAAUCUGGAUUGCCUAAUAUUACCCAAGUUGCAGCAUAUCCGUGUAGCAUGCAAAGCUCUUAAGGAUUUUGACAUUCCUGCAAGUAUGAAAGCUCUAUGGAAAUAUAUUGGACAGGCAUAUACGAGUACGACAUUCAGGAAAACGUGCCCUUCAGAUCAAGAAAUUGUGUACCAUUGGAGUCAGAAAGCGGAAACACCUCACUUGAGCGAGGAGAAGAUGAAGGAGUACUCUACAGACAAGGAGCCGAUGUUUUCAGUGACAAUUCCCGACCUGUAAUAGAUAUAUAACACCAUGCUUAUUACGUGUAUAAAUUUCUGAAUAUUUUUCAAGAAUGCCUACGCAAAAACUUUCUAAAGCAAAAACAUAUUCAUGAAUGGGAUAUGUGUGAUAUUAUAUGUGAUGAAUAUUGUAGAGAAAACUUCACAAACAUAUUUUUGACCCCCAACACAGAUGUUUUUUUUACGCACAGAUCUAAAUACACAUACACUUUCAUUGACAAAUCAACUCAUUUUGGAAAAAUACUUAUUUGUGAAAGUGCUUGAUUAGAACGAGAAGUAACUUAUGGAGACGAAUGCAUCAUUUGGUUGCUUACACAGGACUUGUGUGAUGGAGUGUCCUCAUUUAUAUGGUGACCUCUAACUGGUUAUUGAUGAUUAAUUAACGUAACUGUGUUAAAACUUGCAUAUUAUAUGAGCAAAAAAAGAAAAGUGAAAUGGAAUUUCAAUAAGGUUGAUGUUGAUGAAAAUUUUGUUCAAGAGCAUGUUUGGUUGAUUGAAAUAGCGUUGUUUACGAACAAUUGAAAUUAAGAUUAAAUUACAUUGCUUUACAUUGCUUUGGGAUAGAGAUAAAGAAAUUGUUGCAUACAGAGAUGUAUAAAUUUAUAGGCAAACAUUUAUAUCCGCUCCUGGAGGCUUAGUUAUUCUGUUUACACAUGUACAUAUUUGUAAAAGCUCUGUUUUGGGCGUGUAUGCUAGCUUUUUCGUACAAAUUACUUUUUCAUUAAUUCAGGCACGCACUUGAUUUUUGAAUUUAAUUUUUAAGGGUCAAAGGAAGUGAUUUUUUUUUUUCCCAAAAGGUUUGUAAGCAUUAUUGCAUACAUGUGUAUGGUAUAAGAUAGGGAACUGUUUUGUUUUGUUUUUGUCAUGCAAACAUUUUAUCCCUGUAAAAUGAUGAACAAAGCUCAGCUAUUAACCGGUUUGUACUUAGUUGUGUUCAUCCUUGGACAUCAGUAUAGAACAGGUCAGUCUGCACUAAGUUGAGUCAAUAGGUUUGAGCGUAAAUGAGCAGGGAUUUUUUUCUUCAUCUUAUUUUAUAGCCGAUAUUCGGUCUUAUUCCCAAUUGAAAAUAGCAUAUUAUUUUCCCAAUCCACAGGAAAAAAUUCCCAAUUGAAAGUUACAAAAUAAAAAUAUUAAUUCUAAGAAUUCUAAAAUCUUUGAAAAUAACGGUUUUGUCACUGAUAUAGUGCUUAAAUGUUUGAAGAUGCCAUCCUAGACAGUGAUUGUUUGCAUUCAUUCUUGAAAUCACUGCAAAAUUUCAUUUGUGCAUUUUUUCCCAAUUUGUUGCAAAACAUUGCUGAAAUUCCCAAUUCCAUGGGUAUUGGUCAUGUUCCCAAAAUCCAGGAAAAAAAUCCUGAUAAGGUAACAACCAGUAUUCCUAACAAAUACGGCAAUUUUAUAGAUAAGUCUACAAAAUGGAAUAAAAACCACUGGAUCUAGCAACUUCUAUGAUGAUUCACAGGGUCAUUAAAGACCUCUAAAAUAUAUGUGUUUAUACUUGACAUCAAAGUAUCUUGGUGUGGUUAUUCUAAGUGUACAAUGCUUGCCAAGGUUAAAGUUUUUUUUUCUGUAGAUAAUGUUAAACAUAUCCUGUUAACAUUUUGUUAGUACCAGUCACAUAACAAGACCUGGAUUAUGUUACAACCAUAAUAAACACUUGUUUAACAUUUUAUGUCAUAUCAUUUCAAUGCAGGCAACAUGAGGUUGGUUCACUUCUUUUUGGGUUUUUUUGUCAACCAAAGAACUUAGUCAUCGUCUGAUAUUUGGGUUGUCUGUAUUUAAAAAAAAAUGUUAUUCAUCGUAUUGGUAUGAUGUUGUUAUGUUAUAUGACAAGUAUAUUUUACUCUGAAGUUGAACUAAUGUCAACCUUUUGUAGUGAGAUGAAAUUUGUGUUUGAAAUAAGGCAUUGUUCUGCAAAAAAAGGUGAAUUUUGAUAAAGACACUAGUGUAGCUGUUAGUGCUGGCUUGUUAAUUGAUUUUAAAUUGGCUAAUGACAUGUUAAUUCACAAUUUUUUAACACUUCAGGCCAUUAAUGUUAGGGAGAAAAUUUGAUAUCAAUCAUUUCUUAAUUGAUGUUAAAGUGUGUUAAGUAUGUUUUGGCUGUCAAACUGGAAAUUGUCAUUUUCAUUCCAUCUGGAACAAAAAAUCCAUUGUCAUGAAAUAACAAACAAAUUAUGAGUAUACUUCAGUCUUCUGUGCAUUUAUAAAUAACAGAUAUGUUACAUUUUAAGCUUGUCUGUAUAGAGCUAUUAAGAUCCCUGCAACAUUGUUGUUGUUGUCGUCAUUGUUGUUGUAUAAAAACUUUUAUAUAAUCCAUAACUCAAACAGUUUUAAAGGUAUCAAUAUGAAACUUGGAACGCUUGCUUAUCAUGACAAGGUGCAAUUAUUAGACAAGGGACUAAAUUCAUAAAGCUAUAUAUUUGGAGUUAUGGCCAUUAUGUAUUUCAAAUUUUUAUCAGAAGUGGUUAUUUAACAGACAAAUGUUAGCACUGCAUGCGGAGCUCUUGUUUGCAUUAUAUUGAGACUAAGAAAAAAGUCAUACCCUUUUUUGUUUUGGAAAGAUUUGUUUUGGGAGAUACUUUUUGCAUAGUGUUUAAAAGGGAAGAAAAAGAACCAAAUCUUAUUGGAUACAAGUAUUAAAUUGGCCAAACAAAAAUAAACAUGUUUGGUUGAGGGGGGCGAAGGGUAUACUGCAGUUAUCUUAACAUUUUUAUCAUCACAUUAAUAUAUUAUGUUAGUAUAUUACUUGUAUAGUGUAUACACUGAAGUGUUGAACCAAAAUGUUUUGCUAGUUUGCCAAGAAUUGUGCUUUUGCUUCGUUACUUGUUGUAUAUAUAUAUUGUUAAUGUUAGAAGAAAAACAGGUUGAUAUUGGUAAAUCACAUGUGGUGGGCAUGUAAGUGUCAACUUGAAUUUAUCAUACAUGAAAUGGGAAUUUAUUUUGCAACAUUAAUACCUGUUUGACACCAUAAUACUAAAAUAAUUGUGAAAAAAAAAAAAACUUAAAAAACAAACCAA